AGUCAGACUUAUCCUCAUUUUUCAUUACAGAAUGGAUUCAAAUGGAUUCUGCUGCCAAACAAUUUAAUUUGUGGGAUAAAAAGCCCUCAGGAAAUGUGUUCUUGGCCUUAUCAAACAGAACACCUGAUUUUUAACCUCUGAGAGCGGUGGUGGAAGGAGAUGCAGUGGCUGUCAGGAAAGCGGCUCCUUGUUGACACUGCUGGAUUUCUGAGUGAACCUGUCAGGUCAGGCUAAAAUCCCCUUUAAAAGAGUGAGAAAGGGCAGCUGAAGGGCCCUGCAGGUGUCCAAAGCAUCCUGACAAAUCUCAGCCCCUCCCUUGCCCACCUAAAUGCUGUUUCUUGGUCCGAAAAUAGUGACAUUGCUUUUGCAGGGGGAAUUGCAGGAUGCUGAGGGAGUUUCAGUAGAUGGCAUCACAGCAUUCACAGCCUAGAGAGGUUCAGUGAUUUUGCUCCCUGCCUCAGCCCCACAGAGCUCCCUCCCAGGCUCAGCCUUUCCACACUGCACACAACUCUGGCCACACAUCAAGAUACUAACCCAGUCCUGUGAUACAGCAUUUCAGAACUGGAGGCCUUGAUGUCCUCUACUCUGACAGCUCAUCGAAGUACCUGAACUGGAGACCUGGUCUGGGCUAUUCUGAGAAACUCACCCACAGCACAGAGUGAACUGCCUGUGCUGAUGGUGUUUGAGAGAGAGCAUCCCUGAGAGCUGCUGGGGAGGUGACUGUGCUACACCAGAGCUCUUGGGUGGGAUGGAUGCAGGCACAGAGCCCGGCCUGAGGUUCAGUCAAAUAAUUGGCUUUGUGGCUGGAGGCCAAACUAAAAAUAACAGAAAAGUAGCAUAUCAUUUUAGAGGCCUAAAAUGCACUCAAUGCAUUUUUAUGAACCCCAACAGCAGCAAAGAUGGUUUCAAAACACAGCUGUAACUUGGAAAUAGUAACAGGAAACAUUUAGGUUUGGAAGGACUGAGAUAAAACACUUUAAAAAAGAUCCUUUUCUUUUUUUGCAUACAGAUCAAGUAGGACUAGUGCCCAUGCCCUCAAAAUACAUUUUUCAAGAAAUUUUCCCUUCUGGGAGAAAGCUUCACUCCUUUCUCUUCAACCCUGUCUGCAAGUGAAUCCUCACAUUUCUCCUUCUCCCACUCUAAUGCAAUGAUGCUUUCUUCCUGCUAUACCUCUGACUCUUCAGACUCUUGUUUGUCCUUGUCUGCUUGCACUUCAUUUUCCCUCACAAAUUUCCUGUACACUCCCUGUCUUUUUCAGACGAUCAGGAAGGAACCUUACAAAUUCUUUAAAACACCAGCUACAAAUUGCCCAUGGAGUGAGUGGGGGUAACUGCAGGCCCCAGCUGCUGCAGAGCUCUCUGAGCAGAGCCCCAAGAAGUUGCAGGACUUCCCCACUUUGGAAUGAUCUGCCCAGGGGGAGCUGCUGCUGUGUGACAGCAGGAAAACAGCAACACCCAGAGCAGCGUCAGUCGGUUGGAGAUCACCACAGGUCAUUUCUCCGAGUUGCCUGGAACAGCCCCAUGCUAUUGGCAGCAGCCUGACUUCAGGAGGGACAGGUCUGUGGAUGUGCUGCACUCUCUGCUUGGGCUGGGGUGCAGUGACAAGGCUCAGAGCUGUGCCUGCUGCCGCUCUCACCCCACAACAGACCUGCUGAAGGAUUCCUACCCCUCCACAGAGCAAUAAUAAUGACCCAGCUGCAGUUUAAAGAUGCUUUUUGGUGCAAGGAGUUCACCUUCCACACUGGCUAUGAGGUGCUCGUACAGCGGCUACUGGAGGGGAAGAAGAUGUGCAAAGAUGUGGAGGAUUUGCUCAAGCAGAGAGCACAAGCAGAAGAGAGAUACGGGAAAGAGCUGGUUCAAAUUGCCCGAAAAGCAGGAGGACAAACAGAAAUCAACACACUGAAGGCAGCAUUUGAGAUGCUCAAGCAACAAAUUGAAAGUGUUGGAAACUCUCAUAUCCAGCUGGCAGUAAUGCUGAAGGAAGAACUGAAAGGAAUAGAGGAGUUCCGAGAAAGGCAGAAGGAGCAGAGAAAAAAGUACGAGUCUGCAAUGGAGCGGAUGCAAAAGAGCAAACUGUCCCAUUACAAGAAAACUAUGGAGUCCAAGAAGACCUACGAGCAGAAGUGCAGGGAGGCGGAUGAGGCCGAGCAGUCCUUCGAACGCAUCAGCGCUUCAGGCAACCAAAAGCAAACAGAAAAGAGUCAGAACAAAGCCAAGCAAUGCAGAGAUGCAGCAAAUGAAGCAGAGAACGUGUACAAACAGAACAUUGAGCAGCUGGAUAAGGUCAGGACAGAGUGGGAACAGGAACAUAUCAAAACCUGCGAGGUCUUCCAGCUCCAGGAGUGCGACCGCAUCACGAUACUGAGGAACUCUCUGUGGGUGCACUGCAACCAGCUGUCCCUGCAGUGUGUGAAGGAUGAUGAGCUGUAUGAAGAGGUUCGGGUCAGCUUGGAGAACUGUGUUGUAGAGUCAGACAUAGACUACUUCAUUAAGACAAAAAUGACAGGAACACAACCUCCAGAUGCCAUAGGGUACGAGAACUACUACAGCAGAGAGCCCAACAGGCACAGCAGCAGCCCCACUCACUCCUGUGGGAUGAUGAAGAGAUUCUCUGGACUUCUGCAUGGGAGCAGCAGAAACAACACAGAAACUGCCACUCCUUCAGCGCCUCCUCUGGAGAGAACAGACGGAGUCUAUGCAUCCAUUAUUGUAAAUGAAAAAUCUGGGAUCACGUCAUCACAGGACUACAGAGUACUUUAUGACUACACAGCCCAGAACGUGGAUGAACUGGACAUCAGUGAAGGAGACAUUGUAGUUGUCAUUGCAGAAAAUGAGGAUGGCUGGUGGACAGCAGAAAGGAAUGGGCAGCGAGGCUUUGUGCCAGGCUCUUAUCUUGAAAAGCUUUGAUGAAAAGAAGCCCCAGUCCUCAGACUUUAUAAAUAUUCUGUUACUGAAAACAACCAGCACACAAGGUCUGCUUCAGCUGACCAAGGGCAUCCCAAUAAUAAUGUUUUCUACAACUACCAGUUAGGAAAUAACCAACUGACCAUGCUUUUCUCUCCCUUGCUCCUGCCUCAUCCCAUUAUUCUCCUGGCCUACACUAUCUGAAAAAACUGUCAUCACUCCUGAGAGAUUAGGACUUGCAUGUUUUGGCACAGUCCUACCUCAGCACAUUGUGCUGCCAGCAGCGUUUCAAAGUUUGGCAAUCCUGGGAGGAAAAUCCUGCUCAGAUCUCAACUGUACAAAGGGAAAAGAUCACAGAAGCAAGUGCAGUUUCUUCAGGAUGGAAGACUGUCUCUAGCCAGCCUGGGAGCCACCCUUAUGGUCACAAGAGCCAUGGUCUCUGCCAUGGAUCCCUUUCUCUCUGUUCACAGGACCUGCUGGCAUUUUUGACAGAGGAUAGUUUAUCAGUCAUGGAUGAAAAUAAAAAAACAAUGAAUGCAGUGACAGAGGAGCACCUGAAGGACCAGGACACAUCCCUAGUGGGAAAACCUGAGGCACUCCCCAUCACAACCAUCUCCUAGCACAAUGAAAUCCAUGCUAGCCAUAGCUCUGCUUUGCUCUGGAUUCUGGGACAGGUGACAGGCCCAAGGCUUGCUUUUGCCUUGGUUGGAAGGUUUCCCUAACACCUCUCUGGGAUUAUAAAGUUUAAAAAUCCAACAACACAAACAGCAGCUAAGCCAGGCGUCCAGCAGUGCUGCACUGCCCUGAUUCCUCUCCUGUGAGCACCAGAGAAUUGCCAAUUGCCACCCCUGCAAUGUCAGCAGGGCAGCCUCCCUUCCACCUGCUCAGUCCACAGGCUGCUCUGGCUCCAUCUGCUGCCUGCAGCCUCUGCACCUCUGUGAUUGCUGCCACAGGGACAUCCUGGGUUCUUUCCAGGCACAUCUAAUGUGCUCAUUUUUCAACAAAACCUCUUCAGAGGUAUUGCACUGUUCAGGUUCACUCUAUUUCACAGAUUGCAGCUCUAUUCAUCUUUCUAGUUUAAUAUUUAAGAAUGUUUCCAAUGUUACUGUACAAGGAAUUGAUGGACAGUUUCUGCCAUUUUUCCUUUUUCAGUACUUCAAGAUAGUUAAAAAAAAUUAAAAACUGGUGAUUUAAUUUGAGUCAGAGCAAACUAUUUCUGGGGGCAGAAUGACCAUUUGCCAAGGUUUUAGGUCUUAAAACUUAAUCAAGACAAUGAAAAUUAUUCUUAUUGCAACCUGAAAGGCAUGGGGGAGAGAGGAACUGUUAGCUCAGACAUACAAGACAGACAAGAGAAAUUUAGACAAAAGAAAAAGCUGUUAUAGCCAAUGCAAUCUGUUCUUAAAUGAAACACAGUAAAGGUCAGAGGCACUUGCAGUAUCUUAUUCGAAUUCUUCCUUCAAGAAUGAACAGAAGUUGCUGCAGGCCCUUUUCCUUUGGCUGCCUGCAGUACUUUACACAGGACCUUGUCCUUCCCACGCUCCCCCAGUUACCAUGCAGCACAUCCACAUCAGGGCUGAAGGGCUCUGAGCCCCUGGCAUCAGCACAGGCUCAGGAGGGGCUGCCAUGGCAUUGGAGGCAGCAGAGUAAGAACAGCAGCACUCGCCCAGGCUGGGAAGAGAAGGAAUGGUUUCUGUGACCACACCUGAAGUGACACAAAGAUGCACUGGCUUCAGCUUGGCCAGGACAUUACGAGUGGAGGCUGCCCGACAGCCACAAGAGAUUGAAUGUAUUUACUACUUAAACACUCAAUCUCCCACAAAGAAGACUGUAAUAAACCAAUAAAUAAAUCAAUCUAGGUAGGUAUUUUGCAGAUUAUCUUAAUUAAACAGAAGAAAAAAAACCCCACAAAUACACUGAGAUGCACAUUCUCUAAUGAUGUGGGACACAGAUUUUGCAGGACUCCUCACUUUUCUGGGGGCCCACCCUCAUACAAGGCACUACAGGGCCCAGUCUUGACUGCCCUGAAACCCUAUUGCAGAUCAUCUUUGCUUCCAUGGACCACAUGAUCUACAUCACCAACAGACAGCUGGUGGAAUGGUGGCUGCUGUUUCCAUCUAAUCAUUCUGCAUUUUUGCUGUCAAAGUCAGGAAACUGAUUUCCUUUCUACCAAUCCCUUCUUCUUUUGAGUAAACACUGUUGAAUGGCAAGAGGCUAUAGGUAUUUCAAAAUCUCCCGUGUCACAGCAUUUGGGUCCCACAUGCUAACUCCGGAUUGUUCAGGAAAUGAAAAAGCAGCAGCAAUGUUUUCUCAUGAAUCCUCUGAUUCACAUUGUCUAGAUAUGGCUUGGAACUACUUAUCAGCCAAAUUCUUCAGUUUGCCCUAUCUGCGUGGCAGCACUUGUCACAAAUAGAACAGAGAUAUCAAGAAAUACUCACACCCUCUGAGAACACCCACAUUUUAGGUGUCAUCUAUCUACGCACCCCCAUCACUAGGAAAAGCAGGAAGAUCAGUUGUAGGCUCCUGCCUUGACAACAUUGCCCUUAUUAACAUUUUCUCUCCAGUUUGGUAACGUUUGGGCAAUAAAACUGAUGUAAUUAAGUUAUCAUUCAAUUUUCAGCUAGGAGGGGAAACAGAAUUGGGCCCUUUCCAGUGGCAUUCUUAUACUGAAGUCAAAACAUGCAAAUUGGUUUUGCAUUUACUACCAAUUAAGGAGAAGCACUCGAAAACCUGUUUGAAAUAACAUUCUACCAAUGAUAACCACACGUAAUUAGGAAACGUCUACGAGUGUAGAGUGAGGUGAAUCCCUACACAGAAGUUUUCUACAUAUUAAGACCCACAAGCCAGUAGUAACACCAAAACAGUAUCAGACUAGAAACAGAGAGAUCCAACAGACCCAGCUCUAAGACAACCAACACAGCCAGGCCUCCUGCCAAGCUCAGUGAUCUGCAGUCAACCAGCUUCCAGCAUUUCCAACAACUAGGCAGAUAAAAGGAAGAAACCAACCUCUUCCCAGCUAAGCAUGUAGCAACAGCAAGAGCACAGUGACUGAUGAAGGUCUGGAGUGUUUGUCACCUCCCUGAGGACCUCUGGCUAGAGCUCUGUAGCAUGAACAACCCCAGCAGGCAUCAGCCAAAGUGGUGACAGAUCAUGUACAUAAGGCAUGAACAGUAGAAACUCUUACCUUGGCUUCCUUCCUGUCUCAAGAGGUGAAUUCCUGGUCUGAGUCUCCUCUCCAGAGGUCAUUUUCUCCCAGUUGCAGCUCAUACCUGAUUACUGAAAUGCAGUUGAAGUGGAAGCAUAUGGAUGCCAAGAGGAGAUGCAUUACAAGCCAAGCAGCAGGUGGCAGGUGUUUAACAGGAGCCUGGGUGAGCAUUAAGGAACACCUAACCUCAACACUGGGAUAACUUACACACUUUGUGAUACCACAGAACAUCCUGGCAGUAUCACUGUGCCAUGGCUUGACUGUGCAGGCUUGGAGAGGACAGGGGAUUCUACAUCAGUGCUAUCCAAACACAGUAAGAAAAGUCACUGUUAACCUUCCAUGUGGAGUGGCAACAGCUCUGUAUGGGACAGGACAAACUGUACAGGCCUGAACAGCAGCCUAGACUGCUCAACACCAUCUCUUUCCCCUUUCCUGUUCUCCAACUUGCAGGGCUGGGGCAUAGAAUGCAAGAACAGUCACCAGCCACACAAAUACCAGUGCUUCCCGUGUCCUUAAACAGGAACUACACACAGAGUUAGUGAGCAAGAAAGGAAACAAAGUUGUGAUGCUGAGUCUUAUCUGCUUUGUGGCUGCUAAGGGACUGCAAGGGCUGAUGGGCUGGGUUUUGUAAGGAAAGAAUACUUGUGAAUUAAAUUCUGGAAGAAGAAUUAGUGUCCUGCCAGUGAUUAUGUUAUUAACAAAAUGCCAACACUGCAUUCACUUGAAAGGGCAGAAAACUAGUCAAGCUGUUAGCCAUCAUCUAUUCUUUGUUAGCAAUUACUUAAAUUCAGCAGCUCACAUUUUGUUCAGAGCCACAGUUACCUCCAGAUAUGUGCACUCCUGGAUCCUGCACAGUGCAAAUCUGUUUCUAGAAUAGCUGGAUAAUCAUAUUUCCAUCAAAUCAGCCAGUUACACAUGGUACAGUGCUCAACUUGUCCUUCUACCGGCUGCUAAAGGAUGGCUGACACCUGAUCUGGCAUAAAGCUGCUGGGGCACCAUGAAGAGCACAUUUACACCCUAUCACUGCUGGGUACCAUGUGGCUGCAGCUGUUCUGUCCCAAACACUGGCCCAAAAGGCAGAUUUACUGUGUUGUUCUGUUCUGACUGAAAGCACAGACUAAAUCUUGCUUUUAGAUACAAAACUCUAGGAGAAAUCACCAUCACCUCCCAGCAAAAUUGGCAGAAAUCAGAGUUGACAUCCCUAAAAUUUCUAAGGGGAAAAACAGUAUCAUCCAAAACCACCAGGCAAACAGAACUCAACUUGGAGCACAGCUUUGAGUUUAUUAUCAGGGAUUCCACAUAGCAUCCUGAGCACUGAGGGUACAAAAACAGCUGGAGGGCAGAGGUGAAGUGGGAACAGAUAUGCUAGGAGGGUAUUUGAAAGCAAGAGGAACUUUACUUACCAGAUCUAAAAAAACCAGUAUUAACCAGAUUUAGAAACAUAAACCAGCACACAUAUCCCAGCUUUGCUGCCCUUACCAGAAUUCAACCAAGCCACCAAAUCAAGGCAGACGUCAGGAUCAGCAACCAGUGUUAACAGGGACAGUGUUGGGUGAGCUACAGCUGCAUAAGCAGUGCUUUGACUUCGAUUCUCUUUGACUGAAAUACAGGCAUUUGCAACAGCCUCUGCCUUAGGGUAAACGGACACACAGUACAGCUCAAGAUAUUCCAGCCUAAAUUUGAAUGAAAUUUCCUUCGUGUUGGAUUACACACUUGGAUUGUUCAAGCAGCCCAGGCUAAACCUUGAAUAAAUCAAUGGCUUUGUGAAGCAAAGGUAUGACUGGAGAAGUCGCACCUCAACCCUCACUCUCCCCAUUCAUCACAGGGAGCUCAUAAUCCACUCUGACAAGAUCUGAAAAUCCUCCUGGCACACUCAGUAUUUUGGUGAUUGCUCAAUCCCAGACCCAGCCUAAACAAGGUAGCAUUGGGUGGUUGUUGGAUCAAUAUUUGCAAUGAAAAAAAUCUUGUAGAAAAGGACAAAUUAUAUUGUGUACACAGUGCUUGUUUUGUAAUAGGACUGGCUGGCUCUGAGGAAGGGGGGUGCAGACAUAAGAUAACACUCAAUGCAGGGAGCACGUGGGGGAGUUCAGUGCAUUCCCUUCCACUCUGCAAGAGCACAAAUGCUCAACAGCUGCAUCUAAAGAAGAAUUGUUCUGAAUUUUUAAGCUGAAAACAGUCCAUGGAGGAAGUUCUUGGGAAACUGGUGAACUUUAACCUUCCCAGGAUAAGCAUACCAACGUAAGUGUGAAUGGGAAAGCUUUCAGUGCACUGAUAGACGUGAGAAGUGCUUUGUCUGUAGAGAAGGGCUGCACAGCCCUUCUUGUGUUUGAGCCCUGGGUGAGGAAGGGAGACUUAAGCGAUAGUGACUUUGUUCUGCUAAGUGGCAGCUAAAGGUUUUGCUAGGUCACUGCUCAAUUCAGCAGCCGUGGGAGGAUUCAAAACCGAAGAGGGAGAGAAGGCAUCUGGAGAAAUGCAUCCUCCAUGCUCUGUAGGGUCCUGUGUCAGCUUUUAUAACUACAGCACUUAUCAGCACAAGCUCUAAAUUUAACUUAUGUUUCCUCAGUGUCUGUAAUGGAUCCUCCAUGCACCAUUUUUCAGUGCUGAAGGUGUUACUGUACAGGGGGAAACAAAGCUAUCAGGAUAAAUGCUGGAUUUAAGCUUUCAAAAUGGACAUUGCACUCAAAGGGCAAAAACACUUCACAGAGUGCAAGGCUACCAGCACUAAGUGUGCUUCCCAAGGAUGAGGUAUCGUCCAAGUCCUGGAAGUACAAGGAAUGCUUAGUUCUACAAUGUGUACUGGGAAUUAAGUCCUGCCUGGUGCCUGUGAGGUACUUGGUGCUGGCACAGGACUCAAUGCCACCUUUGCCACAGGUGAUUUAUUCCUCUCCUACUCUCAGCUGAGAAUGCAUGACCACUACCCCCACACACACCUCGUGUGCUGGCAGAUUUGCUCAAUGCAAUUCAAUGGCAGACUCAUUCAGGCAGGAACAGAUGUGCUUCUUUGCUUGCUCCAGAAGGAUCACCAAGUCUCAGGUCCCCAGACCAGAGCUCUGAUAGCUUCUCACAUACAUAGGUUUGUGUCCACACCUAAUCUACAAACUCAGCCCUGCUUUUAAAUGAUGAAUAAACUGUACUAUGUGUUCAUCUACAGUGUAAAUACCCCACACAAAACAACUGAACUCCUGUCCUGGAGUUCAGGCACCGAAAGAAGAAACAUCUGUUGCCAGGCACAGAUCCAGCAGGGAUUACUGCAGUCACAGCAAGGACUAAAUCAAAGGCUUAUGCCUGGACUUAAUACAUAUUGUGAGCACAAAACCCGUAUUGUGAAGGCAACAGCCAGACUGAAGAAAUAAAGGAGUAGGUCAACAAAUCUAAUAUUUACCUCUGCCAUGCCAGGCAGCUGCCAGGACAUUAAACAUGUUCAGGGUGCAGCACAUGGCCAUGGAACAGCUGUACAGCUGUGCUUCCCCAGCACCUCCUCCUCCACCUAGUGGCCUGCAAUUUAGCCUUAUUUUAAACACCAAACCUUGUUAUGGUACACAGAAAGAAACAUGACUUGCUGCGGGACUACCUCAGGACUAUUUUGUAGAUUUUUGCAGAUAAAUCCUUUCAUGGGGAGGUAGAAGGGCAAGGUUUACAGCUACUGCUGUGUAGAUGUAGAGCACAGACAAACUGUGACUGGCCCAUCAAAAUCAGAUCAUACCCAGACUUUCAACAGAUCAGCAGCAACAUAAUUCUGCUCUAUGCAGUGAGUUUGCUCUCUCCUAAUCAGUCCCAUUACUGAAGAAUAGCCCCAAAACUGAGACGGACAAAUAGAAAACAGUUACCUCAACAGACAUGAGAGAUCAGUGCUGAAGCAGUCCAGGAAUAUGAGACUGAUAUGCAGGACAGUGGGAAACAGGCUAAGCGUGGCAGCACCUUACCCUUCCACAGCCAGGCAUGGCCUACAGCAACCAGUUAUGUUGCCACUUUAUAGGGCACUGCAUCACAUCAAUAGUUUAGCAGAGGAAGCUUUGUGCUCUUAUCAGUUCAGAGGUAGUACAGAUGAAACUCUGCUCUGUGCCCUCCAGCAGUAGCCCAAGCAUAGAUCAUGGUUUAAAAAAUGCUGCCCUCAAGAGAGCUUUCCAACUGCUCAGUGCAGCUCUAGGGGAAACAGAUCAGCCAUGGGAGGCUGCAGAGAUCAGCAAGAAACUAUCAUCAAAAUGUGUUUUGAAAAAGGCCAUGGAACUAAAACUUAUGUGUAGCAAAGACAGCUGCCCCAGUCAGCAGGGAUGGCACCCAAGAGCAAUGAUUUCAAGAGGCAGGAUGUAGGCUCAGGUGGCAUUCUCCAAGCAGUCACCCCAGAGUGUGAUGCUGCAGCAGGACACAGCACACGGAACACCAAAGAUCCACUGCACUUGAAGACUUUUCAAUGCAUUCCAGAGUGAUUUGUCUCAGGCCCAAGAUGAAGUCAGUUACAAGAUCUACUAACUGUACUCUGAAGGCUAUCACUGAUACUAUUAUCACAAGUACUUAUCUCAAACGUUAUCUGAAACUGCAAGUACUGAAGAGUCUCAUGAGACUGUCCUCUUCUGGCUGUCAAGGUUGAAAUAUUUUUUUUCCCCACAAACUUUGUUAAAUUGAUCUUAUUAGACCACUUCUCCUCUGUUUACUAAGGCAAAUACAGAUGAUCAUGCCUUACUAGACCACAAUCUGAAUGAGACCCUCCAAUUCUCAUGAGCCUCCUACUAAGGUGCUGGAAGGCAGUAAAGCACAGAUGUGCACUGCAAUGUAGUUAAGUCACUUUAAUAGCAGUGAGAACAAUAAAACCCAAUUCAAAAAAUCCCUGAAGGCAAUUUUAAUUUCCUGUGUUAAACCCCUCUGGAUCAGGUAAGGUUUACUGCUGCAGGUGAGCUCCAUGAGCCUGUGUGCUCCAUGUACCACACAUGGAUUCACUCAGUCUGGAGAAUUUCCUCUGCAGUCUGCACUGAGCCCUCUCAGACCUUCAGCUACAAGAUAGCCAAGAAGAAAUUCAUACAGGAACUUAAAAGACUAGACAGGAAUCAAGGAAAUAAAAGAGCUAUAAUGGAAUGAAAUCACCCCUUGUCCCCUAAAAUACACUGUCACAUCUGAAUGUAUUAAUUAGGAAGGCCAAACUACAGCCACACCAACACUCCUGCCUAACACAAGCCAAAAAGUUUAUUCAUUUUUUUCAGUAAGGGAAGCUACAGACCCACACCACUUGUUCCCAGCUUCAGUGAAUCAUACAAAAUGUGUUGUAUUGGACCCUUGCAAGUCUGGGUUUGGUUAGCUUUUUGGGGGGGCAGUGUGGAGGUGUGUCAAGUCUGCUUUUGUAUUUUAGAAAGCCCAAGCAUCAAACUUUAUUCACACAUCCAAGACUUACUACAAAUGGUGCAAUGCAAGAAGGUCACUGGUUCCUAGAAAAAACUAAUUCACAGCAGUUAAGAGUUCAGUUGGGCUUUGUUUAGAUUAUAAAAAAGUUGUAAAAUAUUGAGUAUUUUCCACAUUCCAGCACAAAUAUUCUGCAUUUUAAAGAGGAAACAGACUUCCUUCAAUUACAUGCAAGUACUGUCAAGUCAUCAGUACUUCAAACCCACGUUUUCCAGCAAGAUUAACAAGCAGGUGCACUGUUAUCUCCCCCAAAUCCUCAUUUCAAAGGGGUAUGUGCAGGCUCAUGACUGUGGAGUUUCUUUCUGCCUUGUACCUGUUAAGAGCUGAUCACCUUUUUAAGCAUCCUUAGUCUUACUUUGUGCAACACAAACCUCUGCACACUGACUUUUACAAGCCAGCAUCAUCUCAAUCUUACGAGUUCCAUAUUUACAAUAUGCAAUACAAUAUGAAGAUAAUCAAAUUCAGUGAGCAGGCUUGCUACCACAUCUGGGAAAUCUGAUGCCACAGUCAGGAGUCCUGGGUUGAGCCACACACUGCCCUAAGAAUGAAAAUCUAAGUCCCAGGAGAGUAUCAUGUGAAACCCUCCUUUAGCAGUUAACAGAAUUCCAAAGGUACACUUCUACAGCUGUGUUAACAUCACUGAGAAAAAUCCUCCAACAAGUCACACUGACCUCAACAAUGUGCACAUUUUAGAAUCUUCUGAGUGAUGCUUCUUUAUUUGAGUUAUUUGAGAUUAUCCUGAUGUCAGUUUAGCUGAGCAUGUCUGCUUUGUACAUAAGCAACUGGUUAAAGUUCUGAACAUCCCUGGCUUCUGCGAAGGAGGAGGAACCUGAAGACACUGAAAGUAGGGCAGUGACUAAGUAUGUGAAUAAUGCAAAACACAUUAAAAUAUAAUUAACAUACAGCAGUUACAGGAAAGCUAUUCAUUACCCACUGUUUAGAGGCAACAGAUUCUUCCUUAAUAGUAUGCACAAGAUACUGUUUCCAUCAAGUUCAGCCAAGUUUGUUGUUCUGUGUUUUGCUGCUAUUGUUUCGAAUAAAAAGAACAAAUACAACACAAUCAGGUUUUCAGCAAUCCAUAAAUACAGAUCUAUUGAAGUGAAGCCAUCCAAAACUGUUGUUUUCACAGAGUUUGUGUGUACAGCACGCCCAGACUCCACUGGACCAAAUACACUGGAAUCUUAAACAGAAAACAAGACAUGUUUAUAGGGAGGAUAUACAGAGAUUUAUUUAAUCAGGUUUACUAUUUACAGUUGAGAUCACUUUCACAUACUACUUUGCUACUCUACAUGGCUACAUUGUUUCCAAACCAAUUGAAGGUCUACAGUCUAA